AUGUAUGAUAUUGAUAUGAACAAUUUACUUCAAUGGGAUAUUGAGAUGGAAGAGUCAUUACGUAGAAUGAAUCUCGAUGAAAUUGAUGAAAUUUCCAACCAAAUUAAUCAAAUUGAUGAUGAAGACAAGAAAAUCAGUUUUUUGAACAUGGCUUUUGUAUUAUUUGAAGACAACUAUAGGAGUCAUGAUUUCAUUGCUAAUCUUUUAUCAAAAAUAAACAAUAUUGAUUAUUCAUGUCUUAUCACAAACAUGCCAAAGCAAUUAGUAUACAAAUUAUAUAAAAAUGGAAAGAUUGGUAUCGAUGUAAUAAAGAAACAAGCAAAAACUGAUGAUUUAAUCAGUUUUAUUUUCUCAAAAGAGUUAAAUUUAAAGCCAACGCUUUGGUUUUAUACAGACAAGAAAGAACUAACAGAUACAGAGUUCGAAGAAAUCAUUGAAUACGGCUAUCCAAAAGGAUCAUACGAAUAUAUCCUAAAAUAUGAUUUGAUCAACGAAUUGAUUGACCAAGUUGCAGCUUCUACCAUUGAUAUUAACAAACCUUGCAAUGUCAAUGCUUUUGAUGGAGUUUUUGCGACUACAAGGUAUUCUCCUUUAAAUUUUGCAGCUCUUUAUGGAUCAGUUGAAUGCUUUAAGUAUCUAAUUAGAAAUAUUAAUCAAAAACCAGUAGGUGUCGAUAAAUGUGCAGUUAUUGGCGGAAAUUUGGAAAUAAUUAGAAUUGUCUGCCAAGAAAACCUAUUGGUUUCGAACUGCCAUGAAGUUGCUGUUAAGUACAACCAAAAUCUUAUCUUUGAUUGGCUCCAGGAAAACGUAAGAUUUGAUACAAAUAAUUAUAUCUCCAGAGCGGCAAAUAACCCGCGAGCUUUAGUCUAUUACGUUCAAAAUGGAUAUGAUAUUGAUGCUCAGAUCGAAAAUGCUUCUGCUUCUCAUGAAUGCGCUGCAAAUAACAAUUUAAGAUUUUUGAAAUAUCUUAUUGAGAAUGGAGCUGACAAAAACAAAAAGACUACUCUAGGAGAUUCGCUUUUAAACGUUGCACAAAUGUUUGAAAGCCAAAAUGUAAUAAAAUAUUUAAAUCAAAAUUAA